AUGCUGGGCGUCGGUCUUGUCCUCUGCUGUCAUGGUCUGUUGUAUAAGCCCGAGCGUCCACAGGAGACUCGCACGUUCCAACUGCUGAAGCUGGUCAAUCGCAAGUACGCACUGCAAUUGGAGUCUUACCAUGAUUUGUAUCGCUGGUCUGUGGCCCACAUCGACGAAUUCUGGAGUACUGUAUGGGACGAGACGGAGAUCAUUGGCCACAAGGGCGCCCAUGUAGUCGACAACUCCGCUUUACCGGCGACAAACCCUCCGUGGUUCGUGGAGGCAAAGUUGAAUUGGGCAGAGAACGUGCUGCGCUCUCGGUCUGCGGAUAAGAUAGCGCUCGUCCAGGCAACGGAACCGACCUCUUCUGCUCCGGACCCUCUGCUUCGAACCGUGACGUAUGCUGGACUCUACUCUCUUGUCGCCGAUCUUGUGUCCGCACUCCUUUCGCUCGGUCUAAAGGCAGGCGAUCGCGUCGCGGCUUAUUCUUCCAACUGUAUAGAGAAUGUAGCAGCUUGCCUGGCGGCCACUGCCAUUGGUUGCAUCUGGGUCAGUGCGGCCGCGGACUUCGGUGCAGAAGGCGUUUACGAAAGAUUUGAGCAAGUACGGCCGACUGUUAUAUUUUCUGUCGACGGAGUCGUUUACAAUGGCAAAGUACACCCACACGUGCCCAAGUUCUCCUCACUCCUGUCAAGCUUACGGUCCGAGGGUAUCUCCCCGAAAGUGGUCGUAGUGAAUGCUAUCACCACUCAAGGAGAUCGGACGGGCUGGCAAGGCGACUGGAUCAGCUGGAGUAACUUCGUAAAUGAAGGGAAGAUGAAGAAGCUAGGAAGAGAUAAGGGCGGCGAGAUUGAAUGGAGCCGUCAGAAGUUCGACUGGCCUCUGUGGAUCCUGUUCAGCUCUGGGACAACCGGACGGCCUAAGCCUAUAGUGCACCGUGCAGGCGGUUUGCUUCUGCAAGCCAAGAAGGAGCUCAUGAUCUGCGCCGAUCUCAAGCCUGAAGACGUGUUUUUCUAUUAUACGACCACUGGAUGGAUGAUGUGGAACUUCUUGGUGGCGGGCCUCACUGUAGGGUGUACGCUAGUCCUGUACGACGGCAGUCCGCUCAAGGACCCAUCCUAUCUUUGGCGGCUCACCGAUGACCUGGGCAUAACGAUCUUUGGCACGAGUGCUAAAUAUCUCGACCAGUUGUCUAAAGUCUACAGGCCUCGAGAACACCACAGACUAGACUCUCUCCGCCACAUAUACUCCACCGGCUCGCCACUGUCACCGCCACUCUUUGACUUUGUCUAUCAAAGCAUCAAGAACGAUGUUCUUUUGGGAUCCAUCACAGGCGGAACCGACAUAUGUUCCUUGUUCGCCGGCAUGUGUACCGCGCUGCCCGUGUACCGCGGAGAGAUCCAGUGUCGUAUGCUCGGGAUGGCGAUUGAGGCGUUCACUCCUACGGGAAUCCGCGCAGGUCCAGACGAAGCGGGGGAUCUGGUUUGUGUAAAGCCCUUCCCGUGCAUGCCGAUCGGCUUUUGGCCACUACCUGGCUUUGGGAAGGAAGACGCCGUGCAAGCAGCUAAAGAUAGGUACCAGCAAGCUUACUUCUCCGUGUUCCCAGGCAUUUGGUACCAUGGGGACCACGCUGUAAUUACACGCUCAAAGCUGGGGAAUGCAGGAGGCCUGAUCAUGCUGGGUCGAAGUGAUGGUGUUCUAAACCCCGGAGGCGUUCGAUUUGGAUCAGCUGAGUUGUACGAUGUGUUGGACAUGUGUUUCUCAGGCUCCACGAGUCACCCAACGGGAACUAUAAUUGACUACCUCGCAGUCGGGCAAUCGCUGGAAGGUGGGGCAGACGAAAGGGUAGUAUUAUUCAUCAAGUUAAUGGAAGGGGAGCGGAUGUCUGCGGAGUUGGAGAGGAAAAUUAAGGAGGAGAUACGGGUGCGGAGAACAGCCCGCCAUGUCCCGAGUCGCAUCAUUCAGGUGACCGAUAUCCCGUAUACGCUGAAUGGAAAACGAGUAGAAGUCCCGGUCAAGAAGAUCAUAAACGGGGCGCCGAUAUCGAGCAUUAAUCCCGCAACUCUGCGCAACCCGGAGUGUCUGGACGAGUAUGUUCGCAUCGGACAGCAGUUGCGAGACGAGGUGUGAGCUUGUAGCAUCCUGUACGAGCUCUGUUAGGCACGGAAUGUGACAUGAGGGUGUGACCGGUGACCGG